GGGGCCCGUUCCCGUGGGGAACCUAGACCGGACCCUUCAACGCCCGGCCGGGACCGAGGACCCACAGACACCCGCGACUCCCGCGGUGGCCUGGAUGACGCAAGGAACGGCCGACCGAGGCGCGGGAUGGAAGGGGACUGGAGGGGAGGGCGCCGUGCGGGGAGUUCCAGUCGCCUCGCUUCCUAGGGCAAGACCCUGGAUGAACUCGGGCUGCACUCUGCGUGAUUGUCCGAACGAUAAUGGCAGCGGAUGGAAGAAACCUCCUCCUUAAUCCACGCAAGGUGAACGCCCACCUAGCUCCUGGCACGUUCCGCGCCUCCUAAGGAGGCAGCAAGCAGCGGAGCGGGCGGCAGGGAAGAGAUCGCCGCCAUUCGUGCGCGCCAAGCCGAGGCCUCGAGGGGACCCGCCACAGGAAGCCCCGCCCCUCCGCGCGCUCACGUCAUCCGGGCGCGCGCUCCGGAGCCUCGCGCGGAGCCGUCGUCCCCCCCCCCCUCCCUCCCGGCGCGCCCACGUCAUCCGGGCGCGCGCUGCGGAGCCGUGUCGUCCGUCGGCCCCCCCCCCCCUCUCCCGGCGCGCCCACGUCAUCCGGGCGCGCGCUCCGGAGCCUCGCGCGGAGCCCUCUUCGGCGCGCUCCCGCCCCCCUUCCCCGGGCGCGCGCUCCCGGGGCGCGUCCAGCGGACGGGAGGGAGGCGGACAGUAUCUCCGCGCUGGUCCCUACAGAGGGUCUCCGGGCGCCCCUGGCCUGAGAGGCUCCCGCCGGGCGGCGGCGGCGGCGGCGCUUGCGGACCCUAAGGGACCGAGGACUAGGCCGCGGGACCGCGCCCUGAGUAGCAGAAAGAGAAUGAAAGAAGUAGAUAAUCUUGACAGUAUAAAAGAAGACUGGGUUUGUGAAACAGGACCUCCUGGUAAUCAACCCCUCAAUGAUAAUCAACAAAGGAACUGUGACCAUUUUGUUGACAGCCUUUUUGAGGAAGCAGAGAAGGUUGGUGCCAAAUGCUUGUCCCCCACUGAACAGAAGAAACAGGUAGAUGUAAAUAUAAAAUUGUGGAAAAAUGGAUUCACAGUCAAUGAUGACUUCAGAAGUUACUCUGACGGUGCAAGUCAGCAGUUUCUGAACUCUAUCAAAAAGGGGGAAUUACCUUCAGAAUUACGGGGAAUUUUUGAUAAAGAAGAGGUGGAUGUUAAAGUUGAAGAUAAAAAAAAUGAAGUAUGUAUGUCUACAAAGCCUGUGUUCCAGCCCUUCUCAGGACAGGGCCACAGACUAGGAAGUGCUACACCAACAAUCGUUUCUAAAGCAAAGAGUAUCGAGGUUGGAAAUAAAAGUGCUUUGUCUGCUGUUUCACUGAACAACUUGGAGCCCAUCACCAGGGUCCAGAUCUGGUUGGCCAAUGGGGAGAGGACCGUCCAAAAAUUUAAUGUUUCUCAUAGGGUGAGCCACAUCAAAGACUUCAUUGAAAAAUACCAAGGAUCUCAGAGAAGCCCCCCCUUUGCCCUGGCAACAGCUCUUCCUUUUCUCAGACUUCUGGAUGAGACGCUCACAUUGGAAGAAGCAGAUUUACAGAAUGCUGUAAUCAUUCAGAGACUCCAGCAAACUGCGGAGCCAUUUAGAAAACUCUGAUAGUUCUGAGUUUUGAGAGACUGAGAGAAAUGAUGUGGGAAGUGGACAUGCAGAAGUGGGAGACGGAAGUCAGUUUGACUGAGCUUGUGGUUUGAGUGCUACUUAAUUCCUGAGGAGGGUGUUUACAUAAUCACAAGUUAGGAGAGUAAUGUAUGGCUGGAAACCACAGUUAAUGCACUUUUCUCAAAGGCCACUCAGAAAAAAAUGUGUAUCUUUAAAUACUAGUUAACCAACAUGAAAUAUUAAAUAGCUGUAUAAUUAAUCUUCAUGUGGUCUAAAUUAGCAGAAUAUUAGCAUUGAAACAUUAUUUCCAAAUAGCAGAUAUUAAUAUAAAUGUUAGCUCUCCCAGUUUUUAAAUAGCAAUACAUUAAAUAUUGUACAUGACAUGUUAAAAACAUCAAUGUUAUUAUUGUAUUGCCUAUAACCCUCACAGCUUCUCAGUUCUCACUCUGGGAUGGCAAGAGAUAUUCAAGUAUUAAUUUAGCAACAGUAUCUAAGAUGUAUAAUCUUUUAGGAAUAAAAUUGUGUAGCUUAGUACAAUGUUAGUAUUAAUAUGCCUAUACACUUUUCUAUACCUUCUAUAUGUAAUUUUAUGGGCUGGGGUAGAUGGGUUCAAUGGUAGAGUAUUUGCCAAGUAUAUAUGAGACCCCAGGUUCAAUCAAUCCCCAGCAAAAAAACAAAAACAAAAAACAUGAAAUGUGAAAGCACUCACAAAAAUUCUCCACGAACCACAGUUGAUUCUCCUCCUACUUUCUCCCCAAAAACUAGGAAUUUAUUUUUAGCUAACAUUUGUAAUCAGCCAUUCAUUUGUACCACUCAACUAGAAUCUAUUUUAUCAUAUUAAAAAUUUGUGAAUGUUUCUUAAAUUCACAGAAGUACACAUUUUCUACUUCAUAUCACAGUAAACCUGUGUAGACAUUAUAGGAAAACAUGCUUAGUGUAUUAUACUUUUAACAGAAAACCAAUUAUGUUUCCAUUUUCAGAUUAAAUCCCUGUGUUUGGAAAUAAGUUAAAUGAACUACUUUGCAAAUGAUCUAUUGAAUUAAACUUUAAGUCAUUAAAAUGUAAAUAAAAACUAAUAAAAACAAAAGUGAAGUAUACAUUGUAGCAAGGAUUAAGUGGCCCAUACCAGCAACAGUAUCCAUAGGGUGCUGGGUGUAUGCUAUAACCGUUUAUGUGAGUUAUAUGGAUAAUAGUAUUAAAAACUCAAAGUUUGGCCAGGUGGUGGUGCACACCUUUAGUCCCAGCAGUAGACACUGGCAGA